CCGGCUCCAGCUUUCGUGGCCGAGCCACUCCGACCAAACACCACGUGGCACGCGUCCGAGUUGCACGUGCAUUCGCGGAGUUGCAAGAGCUCGGUGCGCGCGCGAAUACGGGCACUUGCGAGAGGGUUCGCGAGGGAUCAAGAAGCGGUGAUACAUCCUGGUCGAGAGCGGACAGACAUCGCGAUCGUUCAACGAGGACACCCCCGUUUUCUUCUCGCACACCCUCCUUCAACAGCUUCUUUCUCCAACUCCCUCUGACCCUCCUUCUCCAACGGUUUCUCUCUAACUCCCCUCUAUCGGCACCCUUGCUCUUUCACCCUUCUUCUCUGACUCUUACCUCUCUGUUCCCCUCCGACCCGCUUCUUGUCGUGUUUCUCAAUACGAUUUAUGCAAACGAUCGGCUGUCGCACUUUGCUAUAGUGACGUGAAAGAUUUAGCCGUGCUUCGAGAAGCCUGCUGAGAUUGACGUUUCUCGAGUUUUCGUCGAAGGUCAAGAACAGUGAGCAGAGACGAGGCUUUCGACGCAUUGCAAGCGAGUUUCGUUCAAUUUCUAGGAUGGCAAUCAAGCCCAGACUUCCGUUCUAUGUUGCAGACGAUAAAAUGACUAUGGAUGGGAGCAAGAGCGAGCCGGGCAAGAACGGGGCCACUCAACAAGAAUGCGCGGGUUGCGGAAAGGCGAUUACAGAGAGAUAUCUCCUGAAGGCGUUGGACAUGUACUGGCACGAGGACUGUUUGAAAUGCGGAUGCUGCGACUGCAGACUCGGCGAGGUUGGCUCGACGCUCUACACCAAAGCCAAUCUUAUUCUCUGCAAGAGAGACUAUCUGCGACUUUUCGGAAGCACCGGUCACUGCGCAGCCUGCAGCAAAGUCAUCCCAGCGUUCGAGAUGGUGAUGCGUGCGAGAACCAACGUCUACCAUCUGGAAUGCUUCGCUUGUCAGCAGUGCAAUCACAGAUUUUGCGUAGGCGACAGAUUCUAUCUCUGUGAUAACAAGAUCCUCUGCGAGUACGAUUACGAGGAGAGGCUGGUCUUCGCUAACAUGGCUCUGCAUCCUCCACCAAGCGCAACACUGGCACACAUCAAGAGGCAAGUGACUCACCUUCAACCGCAGCUCCGUGCAAAAUACAGUGGACUGCAAUCUCCUCUCUGGAGCUCUUCUGACCAUCGGGUUUCAAACUUGCAAGGUUUCAAACUCCUCAAGGCGCAACCCCUUAAGGCGGGUUAAAGUGGCAGGUCGCUCGUCCUGACCCUCUCGACAACAAAGGACUCCCCCGAGGCUUCAGCUAUGCUUUACCAUCCUGCCAUCAUCUUGCGAGUUAGGAUAUCGCGUGUCCUUAUUAAUUAAGCUCGCCCGUUAAGCAAGCCUCGUCGCAUGCCUUAACGAUUUGCUCGUUCUCCGUCGCAGGCGGAGAACGUGCGAAAGAAUUUACUCUCUUCGAGAAGAUCGUCAAGCUUCUGCCGUGCUAUUCCGUUACGGUAUCACGAGGAGUUCGUCGCACGUUUAGUAUGAUUUUCUUAAUCGAUGAAGAGAUAAUUUCGAUAAAGUUCCAAGAAUAAUAAGUAUUUCAAAUCAAGAACAAGAAUAAUUCAAAUCAAAGAGAACAUUGCAGAUUUACCAACAUUGCGGUGUUGAAAGAUUGUAAAACGUUUCUAUUUAACAUUGAAUUAAACGCUCGAAGUAAAAGUAUAAAACCAUGAUAAUAAAGAGCAAGUGACAAGCAACGAAGAGAGGCGACUUUCAUAAACCGGAAUCCAGAAUUAUGAACUCAUCGGCGUUAAGCUUGUUAGGAUUAAGUCUUCUUGAUUAUCCUAAGGCAACAGCCUUGCUUCGAAACAAUAUCUUAAGCCCCUGCCGCACGAAGGACCACGUCCUGCUCGACCCUGGAAGCCUAUCCAUUUAAUCCGAGUGCCGUCUUGCAAGGAUUUCACCGUCUUCCUGUGUAAUGACGUAUACACCACGUAUUCUAACGCGUUGCAUGAACUUAAAAAUAACGAUUGGGAUAAUUCCAGCUGAAGGUGAAAAAACUCUUCGCUAAUUAAUACAAUAUCGGAAAAAUUCACCAUUACGUGCAAAAUACAAUAAAUAAUAAUCUAGAUGCGCGAAUCUUCACGUUAAGAGAAUCUAAAACGAGCCUCUCUCGAAAAUAGAAAAUCGGAUUGUUAAAUCAAGACGUCAACAAUCACGACAGAGAAUAUCGCGCACCGUUAUUUCUAUUAUUAAAAGAUCGUUAAAGGGCCGCGAUAAAACGGUAGUCGCGAAAGUUUGAGACUUCGGAACGUCUCGGAGAACGGUCUGAGGCCGUAGAUGCUUGCCGCACGCUCGAAUUGUACGCAUGCACAGAAUAACGAGGUCCCCGGCCCGAUGAUAUCAAGCUCGGUAACGUGUACUACUUAUAAUAUGCAAAUUCGUUCCCCUUAACCGCUCGCCUCGUCGGCGAGCUGCGCGUAAUUCAGGGGUUGGUAACCCUUGCGACUCUAUUUCUGCACCACGUAAGCGUCGUACGCUCCACUACGCCCCUGCGUGCGUGCGCGAGUGCGUGUCUGUUACAAUGUUUAAAGAAAUAUCGGCUCGCGUGAGUGAGUAUAUAUACCGUGUAAACCUUUUUCAGGGACACCCGUGCAAAAAUCCUCCGACGGCAAAGUCCGAUGUUAGGAUCCUUAAAAUUCGUGGACUCGACCGGCUCUCGACGCGGACGCGACGUGUCGCUUUAAUUAAUACGAGAUAUUUUGAUUGCCCGACACGGGGAUGAAAUUUGUUUUUUUUGCCGGAAAUUUCUGGUAUCGUCAACAAUCGGGAAAAAUUGGCACGUCCACGGUGUAUUCCGCGAUAUUGCGCGAUCCAGCAGCUUUCACGCGCAAUAUCGAUUCGCUCUCUCUCGCGGAGGGUUUACGGGUUAUAAAUGACCGGUGUGCGAAAUAACGGGAUGGCAGACUAAUGCCAAUAAUCGGCGUGGCAUGCUAAUGUCGUCUGCGCAUCUAUUACGCUAAGCCUGAUGGAUCCCUCUUGACAUCUCGUUCCUGGAGCGUGAAUGCCUCCGAUCGCAGGGAACACUCAAGAUGUCUACUGUUCUGUUACCUAGCGUGAGAGUCGUCUGAUAUUUUGCAUCUAAAUAAGAGGGAUUAACACGUACACGGCGCGCCUUUGUCUCAGAUGUGAGUGAAACGUCGCAAAUGUAUUGCACGUGAAUAAACGAUCGGAACCGAAUCAAGAUAAUGAAACUGUCAAACGGCAAUAAUGCGCAAGUUGAGAUCGAUAGGGAUACCUCUUUCAGUGCAAAAAUUAACUUUAGAAAAAGGAACGCCGGUAGAUUUCGUACUCCGAUAAACCGCGAUAAAACGCAAAGACGAAAUUGAGAGUACACGUAAAGUGCGAGAGAGAACAAGGACAGAGCACGGUGAAAGAAAGGAUAUAGAGGGAGAAAGGAGAGAAGGCGUUAAGAUUCUUAAAAACCGCGAAGAGGGUGCUCGUCGUCCUGGAGGCAGCUGCUACCCUUGUACUCUCCUUAAGCCGCGGCUCGUCGGGGAUGGCGAAGUACCGCCGCCGGAAAAGGGGGUGAGGACGGUAGUUUUUCUGAUUGCCUGAGAACAGACAGCUGUCCCAAUCUUUCUCAGCCCUGGGAGGAUCCGCGCCGCGUUUCUGGCGAAUAAUGCCGGGGAGUGUUGCUUACGAAUAACUCGAGUAUGCCUGAUCCGGAGUAAAUCGAGAGCGGGAGGGAUGAAGGGAUGAAAGGAAGCGGCGGGACUGGACCGCCUUGCCUGUCAGCAUCGACAAUCGAGUUGCCUCCGCAAAAGUGGAUGACGGAUCGUUCUUGUCGGGGAUCUAUUGAAGCUUUAUCAUACUUUGGAAAAUUUUGGAAUGAGUUGUCGUCACGCAUUGUGCGAAUUAUGUUUAAGGAUCGCCACUGUAUCAAUUACACUUUCAUUGUUACAGAGGAUACAACGGAACUCUUAAUUCACAUGAUUAAUAGUGUCCUCAUAUUAAUAAAAAGUCAUUUUAAUAUAAGAAAGAAGAAUAGAAAAAUCCAGGAAACAUUCUAGUUUAAUAUCUUCAAAGAAAAGUUGUUUAAAGAACAAUGUCAUUAUUCUGCAAAUAGUAAUGGAAAGACUCGUGAAACCUCUUCUCGAUGAGGAGCUUCGAUCGAGCCGCGCAAUCUCAUUCUCCUUAGAGACAAGUGUAACGCGCUUAAAAAUUGGCGAGAACUUUUAUUUCGGUCUAAUUUUCCCCUCGGGACUCGGUGGAACGCUGAGGGUGAAAUGAAAGAGGAAACGUGACGGGGGAUGCGGAUACGAUAGCGACGAGAAAGAGAAAGACACGAUGAGAGUUCGGAACGAUUAUCUGAGUUUUAAAACAAACUCUCGAGUGUCUGCGAAGUCCUUCGCGAAUCAGACGGGGAAGGGAGCUAAGGUGCCAGAAGGGUGCGACGAGGGAAAAGGGGGUGGCGGAGGUGAGAUAAUAUGUUAAUGCCAAGACGGAAGGUACAUGGGAAUUUAAGAGGAUCAAUGCGCGGCACAAGAUUUGUACGGGGAAUGAAGCAUUACAUCGUCCUCUAUAUUGCUUCCAGGCGAUUAGAUUUCUGAAAGUUCGUUGAACACGAGCGUUUAAUUUCGAUGGAAUUAAACUUUCGGUUUAAUGUCACUUUUAUUGGCCGUUCAAUGUCGAUCCGUUCAAGAAUGAAAUAAAUGCGAAAUGUGCAUAUAUAUUUCUUCUAGUUUAAUUAUAUCGCUCUCUAAUAUAUGAAAUAAGAUUGACAAAUAAGAUACAAGAGAUUUAGACAAUCAUAAAGGUUUUGAUACUGCACGGAUUAUACUCGCGACUAAUUUAAAACAGUUAUUCUGACAUGAAUGGAACACUUCGAAUUGAUAUAAUGUAUGCAUUAGAAUACCCAAAUAGAAUGUGUCAGAAUAGGAUAUGAUACCAUUAAUAAUAAUUAAUAUAGCGCACGGUUAAUCCCUCGAAAUGUAGCGUUUAGCGAAAUGGACGUGCAUCAUCGUAAUGCAGUACUAUACAGGACCACGAACGUAUUCCCACACUGAACAAAGCCAUUAGUCCAUCAUUAAUCCUUCAUUGUAGAUACUCUAUCGUUGUAUAUGCGAAUAUGAUCUGUUUAGAAUUACAUUAGAGGAUGUCAUGAAAUUACAUGAAACAAAUGUAUCGCAUCAGUAAUUUAAUUAGAAAUAUAUUAAGUUAUUCAAAAACUCGUCGCUGUGAGGAAAAAAAAAUGAUUGCCACUCGUAGUGUGGUGCUUGAAAUGUGUGUGUGCAUUUUGCAGACAAGUGAGACAAGCUUCAGCAGUCUGAUCGAUCGUUGAUCGAUCAGCUGAUUAGAUCGCCUCUUGCUCAUACCGUAAAUCGCGAGCGGUGUCGUGACGGGAAGACGGAGAGGAAGAAAGGGAAGAAAGACAGAUGCACGUACACACGAGCUCCUGCACGCGCUAUACACGUCGUUCUUGUUAACGAGCGCAUUAUUAGGUGCACCGUGCUUGGCUGAAUUUCACGUAAAGCCUCCGCGCGGCCCCUUAUACAACGCGCGCGUCGAGAAAGCUCACAUGGGAAAGCCCGGCUUGCGAGCUUAUGCGAGAUUAUGAGUUUAGUUGGGAAACAACUCGGAGAGCUAUAUGCUACGUGGCCGAGCUUACUUUUGUAACGAUUAUUACGGGCGUGGACCCGACGCAACGACUCGGCACCGAAAUGAUGAAGUACAAGGAAUUUUGACGUAACGCGUGGUUCUUAUCUUAUCAAAUUGUGUAGUGUUAAAGAAUCAAUAAAAAAAGUAUCACAGGCUGCACUCGUUCAAACAGAAUCAGCGUUUCCCUCUCAGAAAACGGUUGAUUUGUUAAUCAAAGAUGCAGCCCUGCGAUCAGCAAAAUUACCUCAAUAAAUGGAUGCAGUUGUGAUCGCAUGUGUAAUUUUCUCCGGCAAUCUACAUACUGAUUACUCGCUUAUGAAAGGGAGUAUUAAUAAAUUUCUUUUCUCCUCGCGAGAAUCAGAUCGCAAAUGGCCGCGUGAGGCUAACGACCCGCCAGUAAAUUUCGCUCCUAAACGAUCCCGCGGCGAUUAACGACGUCUUGCCUAAUUCUCAUCUCGUGCCAGAGGUCGGACCCGAGCGUGCUCGGAGGGUGGCGCUAAUUUUUGCGCGUAAGAAAAGCCGCGCCGCGGAAGAGCGGGCGGGCUUGCACCUGGCCGUUUCCCAUCCGCAGGAGAUCAACGGACAAAUGACACGCGAUUCCCUCCGAGCCCUCGCACGAUGGCGAUGCUCCGCAUUUACCGUCAGUUACAAACUACCUGGCCCCGCUUCGCCACCCUCGCGCCGAGUCACGAUUAAUGUCUUACUCGCGCGAGCGAGGACCUCCUGAGAGGAGAGAGAAACCAGGAGAUUACGGCGACAGGUGAGAAGCAAAGAAACGCGAAAGAAGCUACUGUCAUUCGUAUGGCAACUCGUUACACUGAUGAUUUGCGAUAAAUUGUUAAAAUUUGUAAGGACAACCGCACGAAGAGGUCUGUUUGAUCGCGAAGACAUUCCCUAUUGGCGUAAUCUAGGUACAUAUUUGCACGUAGAACCCUCGUGUAUCUGCCUACUGUCCAGAUCCCGCAAAGCGCGCGUGCCAUUUGAUCACGGCGUCGGCAGUAAAUCCACAGAGCAGUAAUUCCUCCUCUGGCAAUUGUAGAUAAAACUUGAAUAAGUCAUAGACUUAAUUUAACCCAUAGUAACGUUCAACGGCGCGGUCCGGAGCCUUCUACGGAGAUUUCUUAAUUACGAGCGGGACCCUCUAAGACAAGGGAACGAGGAUGAAGAGAUAGGAGGAGAGAGAGAAGAACCUGGUACAUAGGACGAACGCGUAAAGCAAGAGAGAAUGAGAGGAAGAAAAGGGACGGAAGUGAAACUGGUGGCUACGGAGGAAGGGUUCUCACGGCGACGAGAUUUAAGGAUCCUUUCCGAGGAAAAAAAGUCGCUGCCGUCGCAGAGACAGAUGAUAAAUUUCUCUAGCAGUGCUUUGUCAUCUUUAUCGUAAUUAUUUACGAGUUAAUUACUCCACAGCCGCACCCCACGUGCCGGCUUUCUUGCGUUUUAGAAUGGGAAAAAUGCUUUAUUAAGACGCCUUCGGAGAUAACACUUUUCACAGGGUCCCGUGACGAAUCUGCGCUUUCGUUCUUACUUUCGCGCCGUGUAUUGCAAAAAA